CCAGUGUCCCGAGACCCCGCCUCCCCGUGGUCGCCGGGAAAGGCUUUUACUCUAGGCCUCUCGGUUUGCGCGGGCGGGCCAGCCUGCCGCGGGGAGGGUGAGAGUUCUUGUGGCCGCUCACGGGAGGAAUUUUCACAAGAUGUAUUUGACAUAGAACUGUCUGAGUGGUGUCCCCCCAGGCCUACAGUACCCUGGGGGGCUCUUGUUGAAUGAAGACUCUCCUGCAGAUGGAGGAACUGGAGCAAGGCCUGCUGAUGCAGCCGUGGGCAUGGCUACAGCUUUCUGAGAACUCCCUCUUGGCUAAGGCUUAUAUCACCCAGCAGGGCUAUGCCUUGCUGGUUUCAGAUCUUCAGCAGGUAUGGCAUGAACAGGUGGACACUAGCGUGGUCAGCCAGAGAGCAAAGGAGCUGAACAAGCGCCUGACUGCUCCUCCUGCAGCUUUUCUCUGUCACCUGGAUGAGCUGCUUCGCCCGUUGUUGAAGGACACUGCUUGCCCUGGCAAAGCUACAUUCUCCUGUGACCGUGUGGCAGAAACACUGAUACUGCGGGUGCGGAGUGAGCUCUCUGGUCUCCCAUUCUAUUGGAAUUUCCACUGCACCCUAGCUACCCCAUCACUGGUCACCCAGCAUUUGAUUCGUCCUCUGAUGGGCAUGAGUCUGGCAUUGCAGUGCCAAGUGAGGGAGCUAGCAACAUUGCUUCGUAUGAAAGACCUAGAGAUCCAGGACUACCAGGAGAGUGGGGCCCUGCUGAGCCGAGACCGGUUGAAGACAGAGCCAUUUGAAGAGAAGUCCUUCUUGGAACAGUUUAUGGUAGAGAAACUACCAGAGGCAUGCAGUGUUGGUGAUGGAAGACCUUUUGUCACAAAUCUACAGAGUCUGUAUAUGGCAGUCACCAGACAAGAGAUCCAAGUGGGACAGGAGCAUCAAGGCACAGGAGAUCCCCAGACCUCAAGCAGUACCUCCUCCCAAGAUGCCAAUGGCCAGCUUCUGAACCAGCCAGAGGAGCCAGUCUCCUCAGCACCAUCCCUCCCAGUGCCUGAGAAGGAGCCCACAGUUACUUCAGGACCCAUGCAGAGACCUCAGCUGUUGAAGGCCAAGAGGAAGAAGCUAAGGGGACUCUUCAGCUAACCUGUCAUUGUCUCAACUCCUAAGAAUGGAUUUGGAGAGUAGUCUCCUAGUGUCACCUUGAAAGGAGCACCCGUGGCAGCAAUAUCUCUGACACAGAGUUAUACAGUUAGGGACCCCGCUGUAAGGGCAAGAUAACUGAAGUUCAUGUUGGCAGGCAUGGGUACUGUCAACUGAGGGAAUGCUGGCUCCAACCCAUCAGGCACUGGCCUUCCCUGUCGGAGUGGAAGCCAGUCUCUGGGAACCGUAUGCCCUCCUCUCUUUUGCUGGAGGUUCUCUAGACCCGGGAUCUACCAUGGACUUUUAGGUAUAUGGGGCAGGUCAGCAAAAAGGCACAACAUGCUUUGGAAGUCUUUUCUACUUUUCUUGAGAGUCCCUAGCCAGUCCCAGAUGCUUCUCAAAGACCCUUUUCUCUCUUGAGCAUGAAAUACAAAGCAUUCACACUC